AUGACCGUAUUUUCCGUUUAUUUACUAUUGAAAAUAUUAGUAGGUGUGUAUAUCUGUGCUGGAUUGGAAGACCUUGAUGCGGAAGAAGUGGAGUUGAUUGAACUGAUACCAGAGAUUUAUAAUGUGUAUUUGGAGGCAGUCAAACAAGAUAAAAAUGCAGUAACAAGACGAUUUAUGAAUCAAAAUAAUCGGUAUGAACUUCACAUCAACAAGCUGAAAGAAGUAAAUGGAAUAAAAGCCCAUAAUGUACUUGUAACCAGAACCUCUGAAACAGAUGAAUCUCUUAUAUACAUCAACAAUCCAGUAGAGUGUAGCAUACCAAACACUUUCCUAACUCAAGAACAAUUUAAAACGCAUCUAAUUAACAAUAUUAAAAAACAACAGAUAGAAUUCGAGCAGCAAAAAUUAAAAAAACAUUUAAACAUGUUUAAGUUUAAACCGAAGAAGAAGGAAAAUAAAAAACCUUUUGUUUGGAGUCUUUUAAAAAUACCAACAACCAGAAACAAACACCAAAAAGCGAAUUUAAUUCAUGCAUCGACUCAAAAUGUUGCUGAUGAAGACAAAGAAGAUUUAUCAUCAACAACUGUCCUUAGAAAAGAAACCACAGACAGAUCCAGAGAUUUAUUUAUUGCAAUGUUAAAUGGCGAAACUUUAGCUACCGUGAAAUCAUCAACAAACAUUACAGAAACUACAUUAAGAAGCAUUUCAGAAGAUCCCAUCACAGAUAUUCCUGAAUCUUUUCGUAGCAUUCUUGAAAAUUAUCUUAAUCAUACGGAUUCACAGACUUCAGGAGAAAAUUUUACUUCUGAGCAACAGGAAGUAUUAAAUGCAACUAUAGGUGACAAUACAACACCUACAACUGAAUAUGACAACACUUCUACUGACAACAAUAGUUUACCAAAUACGAUUAUUAAAUCAGAUACUAUUGUGACAGAAACAUCAAAACUAACAACAACGGGUACAACUAAAUCGACUCGUACAACUAGAGGAAGACCGUUCGUCUUUAUGAACUGA